CGGGUUUCCAAUAGAAGGAUAGCACCUCGUUACAGUCAUCAUGCCUCCACGACUGCAACUGCUCAAGAGAGCCCAAGUGGCAUUACCGGCUGCGUCAACAUACCAGCCAAUCGCACCAUUUCUUUAUCCUUGCUUGCAGCAGCAGCGCUUCGCGUCAAUCCUCAACUCUAUUUCAGACACGCCCGGCGCAUACAACAAGCGCAUCCGUCGUGGACGUGGUCCAUCUAGCGGCAAAGGAAAGACAUCUGGACGCGGUCAUAAGGGUCAGAAACAGCAUGGCAAAGUGCCUGUGGGAUUUCAAGGAGGCCAGACUCCGAAUUGGAUUGUACACGGAAAGAAGGGCUUCACAAACAAGUUCUCAACCGAGAUCAACCCUGUCAAUCUGGACACCAUUCAAUUAUGGAUAAAUAAAGGCCGGAUCGAUCCUUCAAAGCCCAUCACGAUCAAAGAGCUGAGCAAGAGCAAAUGCGUCAAGGGCAUUAAAGACGGCGUGAAGCUGCUUGCACGCGGUAAAACCGAACUUACAACUCCAAUCGACAUCGUUGUCUCUCGAGCCAGUGAAGAGGCGAUAGCACAAGUGGAAAAGCUCGGAGGCACAGUAACCUCCCGAUACUACACCAACUUUGCCGUCAAGAAGAUUGUCAGAGGAGAGAUGGAUCCCAUCCACAGCUUACAGUCUCGCAUUAAUCUCGGUCCGGAAGCACAGACAGGAGCGGAGACGAGCACUGCCGGCACGCGCCUCGAUAGAUCAAAGUACAAGUAUCGCCUGCCGGACCCGACAAGCCGAAAGAACUUUGAAUACUACCGCGAUUUCACCAAGAGAGGUUACCUCAGCCAUACGGUUGCUGAAGGCCAGGGUCCCAGCUUGUUCUUCAGGAACCCUGCGGCGCCGCCGACAGAACGGCGAAAGAAGGUCGCUGGUAGGGCCACAAAGCUCACGAAACAACAACAAGAAGCAACCCGACUGUGGUGAGCGGCUGCGCUUCUCAGGCAUAUGUUGCUUCCCUCUGUACUGGGAGGUUGAGACUCCCCUCCUGUACAGAUGGUAUCAGUGGAAGGUGAUCUUCAGAGCUAGUCUCAUUUCCAAUAUUUCAGAGCAUCGCGUUGCGAAGGCACUCGAUGCGUGGAGCUCAGAAUUGUUAAUAGAACGAUUUUGAACUUGUGUUGUACUAUAAUUUGGGACAUCCGUUUGUAUAUGAAUAUUAUGUGGUCUGUUUCGAUUCUAUCAAGAUUUCUUCCUCGCACAGGAAAGCAGGGUCCCAUGCCAAUGGCGGCGGUGAGCACCAUUAUCACAUCGAAAGUAUCGCACGAAAUAAAAAUAAUUUGUUGUAUACAAUCCCUAAAUGUGACGUCG